CUUUAAGCAUAUGACGAUAUAUAUGUGAGCUUAAUCUUCAUUAAUUAAACUCGUAAAUUAUUUUGCCAUUAAACCUAAGUGAAUUCUACGUGAGCUUGAUCUUCCCACAAUCCCACUACUAAAUAAUGUUAGUAUUAAAAAUGAAUGCAUGUUUUUAUUCGCUCAAAAGCAAACCCCGCCGGCCCACAAUCCACCUUUGAAAUCAUUCUUCCCCUCAUUUUACAUUAUAAUUGUCUACAAUUCCCCUCCUUAAUCUUCGCUCCGGAUUUCCCCCAUUCCUGGAAUUCCCCUCCUGCAUCAGGCUGCAGCUGGAGUCUCAGUUCCCCUCUGAUUCCUGCGUGAUCGCUGAUUGAAUUGGGGCAAUUCUGCGGUUUGGAGGGUGUUUGAUCUAGGUUUGAGGACGAUAAUCUUAUAUCUGUUGAUUACAGAUGAGUUUUCAGGAUAUUGAAGCGGGUCGGGGAGCCGGGCCUCGGAGGGCGCUUGGGCGGCAGGAUUCGACGCAGGCGGUGGCGUCCGGGAUUUUUCAGAUCAACACGGCUGUUUCCACCUUCCAGCGCCUCGUGAACGCCCUCGGUACCCCCAAGGACACGCCGGAGCUCCGUGAAAAACUGCAUAAAACUCGGAUGCACAUUGGACAGCUGGUAAAAGAUACUUCAGCUAAACUUAAGCAAGCUAGUGAAACAGAUCAUCGUGCUGAAGUCAGUGCAAGUAAGAAAAUCACAGAUGCUAAACUUGCAAAAGACUUUCAAGCAGUUCUAAAGGAGUUUCAGAAGGCUCAGCGGCUUUCAGCUGAGAGGGAGACAUCAUAUACUCCUUUUGUUUCCCAAGCAGUGCUUCCUUCUAGCUAUACCGCCAGCGAGAUAGAUGGAAGUGCAGAUAAGACCCCAGAACAACGAGCUCUUCUCGUGGAAUCUAGAAGACAGGAGGUUGUGCUAUUGGAUAAUGAGAUUGCUUUCAAUGAGGCCAUUAUAGAGGAACGAGAUCAGGGUAUACAAGAAAUACAACAACAAAUUGGUGAAGUAAAUGAGAUUUUCAAGGACCUUGCUGUACUUGUUCACGAGCAAGGGACAAUGAUUGAUGAUAUUGGCUCCAAUAUUGAGGGUUCACACGCUGCAACCGCUCAAGCAAAAUCACAGCUUAUCAAAGCAGCUAAGACCCAGCGGUCAAAUUCAUCACUGACUUGCUUAUUACUCGUGAUUUUUGGCAUCGUGCUUCUCAUAGUGAUUAUAGUACUUGCCGUCUGAUCAGGAGCUGAAAACCCAAAAGUGUGGUACGAGAAUAUAAAAGUAUUCAUUUUCAUUUAUUUGCCAUUUCAAUUCAAUUCUCAUAAAUUGACAAGGCAUUGCAACGUUUAAAGUUUGUUAUAUUGCUUCUUGCAAUUGAAAUUAUAUUUGGCAAUAUAUGUUUCAACAGAAAGUGGGAAGGAUGUGAGCUUCACAUUUCAUUAGCUCCUAUCUUCUGAUUUGAUGGUUU